CGUAGCCUGCGAUCAUGACAACAUAAACUGAAAGUUGCCGCUUGUUUUUGUCACUAACAUGACUUUUCACUUAUUGGCUAAUGUUGUCACGUGCUUGUACCCUGUCGCCAGCACGUGCUCUUCUAAAUGAACGCCCCCCAGUGCCCAUCCCGACUCAACCAACAAUCAGAGAACUGUCUCCUCCGCACACAGGAUACAACCUCACUUAAAUUACUCUUGGAGUCCUUUCUUAAACGCCACGGCACAAAAGUAAAGGCAAACAGUACCGAAACACUCACUGAACACCCGAACCAGGAGUUAGACCGACCCAGCAGCCUCCUACAAGGUCACACACAACAACGACGAAAACGAAAAAUAAAGGAAGCUGCUGCCAUUCAUUCAAUUCAAUCGAAGCACAUACGGUUAACGCUCGGCAGUUGGUUGUCGAGAAAACAGCACCAGCUUCGACAUAUACGUCGAGUCAACCGACUCACGGCGAACUUGAACGAAAACAACGACAAGUCGUCUUUUGUACACUACUUCAUCAGGGAGGACAGUGCAAUUGAGAGACGAGAGAAGCGAAAGCAACCAGACCCUCAUCUUGACGAGUUUUCGAGCAGAGAGGUUAGACCAAGAAGAUCAAGCUUCAACACCAAUCCACUUUCGUCUCCGACAUCGGAGGAAGAUUUGGAGGUGGAUUCGAAUAUUAGUUACAACUCUUCAAUUCUGGACCUCGGUGACUGUCAAGGAAGAGACGGGCAGUUGUUUGGCCAACAGCGCGAACACCAAACGUGGGCUUUACCGAGAGAAAUUGAGCUACCGCGUUUUCAGCACUUUACCAACCCAAAUACUCGCCAGGCUCAGGAUAAUAACGUCUUCUUGACCUCGAGGGGACAACGAACAAAAUUUCGGAGACACAUAACUGUAAAUUCCGACGAAGAUACUUGGCUCCGUUCCCCUUACCACCGGCACCGAGAAGCGGUCCCUGAAUACGCCGCCUCUUGCUUUGCGGAAGACCUGAACCGCGGAGGUAAACUAGAGGAUAGCUUCUAUAACAUUCAAGGCCGGUCUAUUAGUCGUGAAAUAAGUUCGGUGAGUGAGAAGCUGUGUGCCUUGAAUAGUAACGCAAACGCAGCGAGUGGUGGACAAACUGUGAUUCAGGCAAACAUUGAAGCGUUGCUUAUAGACAAAUCAACCGCGCAACGCAAGUACGACGGUAUAAGCACCUGCUUUGCUACGUCACGGUACGUAGCGGAAGAAUCUGACGUCACGGCGCCGUCCGAGAAGACGUUCGGGCAACGUACACCCGAGUCAUCAUCUGUUGGUACGUUAAAACACGGUGACGCAACUAAACGAAGUGAUUGUUUACAGCAGUUUAACAAAUCCGUAUCUGCAGGGCGUUGGAGAAGUGUAAAUUUAGGCAGCAGUGACAAAUCUCUGACAGAAAACGAAGAAAAAUACCUCAGCACGCAGGUCUAUAAAGAGCACCAGGCCAGCCGUCCAAGCCACAUUAACUGCAGAAAGCAAAAGCGUUUUCCUGAACAGUGUGAUCGAGGAAUAGCGGCUGAAGUCCGUUGUACCUGCCGAAUUGCCAUAAGUAAAGAGAAGUGUCAGCUCUGCCGAUCUAGUAGCUCGUGCAGCAAAAUCGAAACAAAACCUUUGAGAUUGAUUGGACUCAGGAGGAGUCCAGUGUGGAAAGCAGUGCAACCGAAUCCGAAAAGCAACUUCGGAGAUCGCCUAGAGUUGUUCUCUUUUACCCCGAAUAGGAAGAUUACGGCAGACGUAUCGAGAAACGAAUCUCGUGCUAGAACUGAUCAAGAAAUCGCGGGAAGAACAUUAAAUCGAAGGCACCAUUCGUACUCGAAUAACCGCUCGUCGAAAUCCGACAUCCCGACAAAAAAUCAGAAAGAAGCGAACUGCUGUGACGCGUUCCGACUUCUUUUUGGCAACAGUAGUGCAACCGGAGAGGCCCCGUUGGUUCUGAACAAACUUCUGUACGCCGCACAAGCAGCGUCGCCGAAACGUAGCAACCUGGGUAUCCUAACUUCCGACCAGCUUGACAUGGGAUGCUUCCACAGCGUUUCAAACAAAUCCAAAGUCGGUCCAUGCAGAACAAACAUUUUUAGCGACGUACAAGCGACCAUCGACCAAUCCCCGACGGUAAUAGAAGAAUAUUCACCGAUUGUACUGAGGUACAGGACUCCCUACUUUCGCGCAAACGCGCAGGUGAUCAUGCCGCCGAUUCGUCGGAAAGAAACCUGGACCGUGGGUUGGAUUCAAGCGUGCGAUUACAUGAAGUUCAUUAAUCAAUAUGGGACCCUUGGCUGCUCCAGCUGGGAGAUUCCUGCCUUGAAAUCCGGCAGAAUACCGGCGGUAAGCGACAGCGAUGGAGUUUCGUAUCCGUGGUACGGGAACACAACCGAAAUUGCCACCAUUGUUGGUCCCACUGAUUCCUAUAGACGAAUGAAUCUCACGAUGAACGACAACUUCUAUCCUUCAGUAACGUGGGACAUUCCGGUCAGUGAAGGGACAAAUGCGCACUUGACGCGGAUCGUUCGGGACCAGAGUUUUAUAACAUGGCUCGCUGCUGUCAACGAAACUACUAAGGACAUCAUUGUCCUGAAGACAGUUCGUUGGAACUUCUACCUGGAGAUCGACAUCGACCCGACGAGGGAACUUGGCCAGCGAGCUCGCAUUGUGGCUCCGCGGGCACAGAAACAACCGCUCGUUACGAACGGACCAGGUGACAAAAAUAGGUUUCAGAGCCCGGUUAGAGGCCGGCGACGAGGAACAGACAAUAAUAGCAACAGCACGUACGUAGGUCAGAUACCCAUCAGCGCCCUCGUCCGACCAUCCGCCAACAACGCUCAGACUCUGAUUUGGCGACCGACGGAAAACCAACCGAUCGUGGUCGUGCCAGCUAAAGAGGAACACCGGGACACGAACGAACUGAUCUUGUUCAACGGCUGCUCAGCAAUGCACGGAAAGGAGUCGAUAAUAAAAGAGAUCUCAAAGCAAGAAGUGAUUCAGUUACAACAAAUGGCGAGACGCCGAACAAAUAAUCGUCCUCGACCGAGUGGCCCGGAAUCCCCGUUAUUUAAACGUUGGAAUUCUCCCGAUCGUCUUCACUAAUUCAUGCACAAUCUUCAAACUGCACAUCAAACCGCAUUUCCCCUUUUUUAACCUUAGCGACGAUUAUCUUGUUUUAUAUCGUUCGUUCCCCAGUCUGUUCCGUAAAGGAAGUUCCAAUCUACUAUAUUUGUGUUGAACGUUGUAAAACAAUUGCAACGGCAAACUUUCUUAUUUUGUUUUAAGCAGCGCCGAAACGAAAAUCACCCAUUUAAUUAGGUCAGCUUUCUAUAUACUCUAAAGAAAUUGCCGCAUUUGGUUUUACUGUUCGUUUUGACAUGUGCAAUAUGUGUUGAAUUAUUUAAUCAUUACCGCUAUAUGCGCCCACAGACACCUCGUCGCAUGCUAAUAUACAGCAGGUUCAAUUUUACUCAGAAAUUCAAAGCAACCCAAUUUUCCAUUAAACACGUCGAAAAUCCAAAACUUCCACCUGUUUGGCUUUUUGAAAGCUGGAAACGAAAACGCGCACACUUUUCCGAAGAGUCUGUUAUUUUAUUCAUUUUCUCACUGUCGCUAUGGAAUCCAAGUUGUCCAAGGUCGAUUGUUGCUGUUUUUAUUACCACCUUUUGAUUUCUUCAUUGUUUUUUCUUUCUAUCGCUAUUUAUUAAAACUGUCGCUAUAUACACAAUGAGCCGAUCCUUUUUUUAUCCCGUUACCACUUAUUUUCCGCGUUGUUACCGUUGGCUUAUGCAGAAUAAAUACUACCGCGACCGACA